GAGAGGAGUGAGCUACAGAGACAAGAAGAGCAAGAAAGAGGCUAUUCCGUGACCACAAAGGGACGCGUGAUAAGCGGACAGAUAUGGACCUUAAUGCACAGCACCAUGUGUGAAGAGCACCGUGAUUUCCAUGCGGAAACAGCUGGUACAGGAAGAGUUAAAUCCCGACAUCACAACUGUUUAUUCCUGCUGCUAGCUGGUUAGCAACCCAGGAGCUAGACAUGGAAAAGCCGUGUGAGUUUGCCUGAUAGAGAUCUUCGUCGAGCUGUUUGUCGCUUUGCAUAAUGUCUGCAAGAAGCUGCAACUUCACAGAAUGAUUUCCAGGAGGAGAUAAGCUUCACAUUUCUGCAGACCAGAGGGGGAAAGAAAGUCAUACAGGCCUGCUGGCUGGAGGUUGCACACGAGUACCGAGAAGGGAGAACAUGACUCACUUGCCUCUGCCAGAGAUUGGCACGGGGCAGCUGUGCCAACCUCGCCCCUGUCUGCCGAUUUAGACGCCACCCGGUACAUCAUGACGGAGAGGCAUCGAGUUUAGCUCCCCGACGAUCGUCUCGAUACCUCCCCUCCCCCGUCCCCAUCAUGCUGCGCUUCCUGCCCCUCAAACUGGGCCGCCUGUACCGCUGUCUGAAGCUCUUACUGGUCGUGGGGCUGUUUGUGGUCCUGCUGAUGAACACCCACAGCCUGUUCGCCUCCUUCCAGAAGAAUGAGCUCACUGACAGACGCUUCAUCAACCUCAACAAGUGUCCCGCCUGCUUCGGCACGAGCUGGUGCCGCAAGUUCAUGAACGGCCAGGUGUCCUUCGAGACUUGGGGUCGCCUGCGUUUCCUGGACGUUUUCAACGUGAAGAAUGUUUAUUUCGCUCAGUACGGGGAGCCCAGGGAGGGCACCCGGCGCGUGGUGCUCAAGCGACUCGGCUCCAAUCAGGAGCUGGCCGAGAUAGAUCAGAAAAUCUGCAAGAGGGCGACGGGCCGGCCGCGCUGUGACCUCAUCCAGGCCAUGUACAAGACGGAGUUCGCCCGGAUCAACGGCGACGUGCGCCUGCUCACUCCGGAGGUGGUGGAGGGCUGGUCCGACCUGGUGCACUGCCCCUCUCAGAGGCUGCUGGACCGGGUUGUACGCAGGUACGCCGAGACCAAAGACUCGGGCAGCUUCCUGCUGAAGAACCUCAAAGACACGGAGCGAAUGCAGCUGCUCAUGACCUUGGCAUUCAACCCGGAGCCGCUCGUUCUGCAGAGCUUCCCCUCAGACGAAGGCUGGCCGUUCGCCAAGUACCUGGGAGCGUGCGGGCGCAUGGUCGCCGUCAACUACGUGGGCGAGGAGCUGUGGAGCUUCUAUAACGCGCCCUGGGAGAAGAGGGUGGACCUGGCGCGGCAGCUCAUGGACAUCGCCGAGCAGCUCACCAACAACGACUUUGAGUUCGCUCUCUACCUGCUCGACGUCAGCUUCGACAACUUCGCGGUCGGCCCGCGCGACGGCAAGGUCAUCGUGGUGGACGCGGAGAACGUCCUGGUGGCGGACAAGAGGCUGAUCAAGCAGAAUAAGCCGGAGAACUUCGACGUGUGGUACGAGAGUCGCUUCGAGGAGUGCGACCGCGAGGCCUGCCUGUCCUUCUCCAAAGACUCCCUCUGCUCCCGGGUCACCGUGGACCACAACUACUACGCCGUGUGCCAGAACCUGCUGUCACGCUACGCCACGUGGCGGGGCACCACCGGAGGCCUCCUCCACGACCCCCCCGCCCAUAUAGCCAAAGACGGGCAGCUGGAGAGCCUGUUGGACGAGUGCACCAGGCCCAAGAAGCGCUACGGACGCUUCCAGGCGGCCAAGGAGCUGCGGGAGUACCUCACCCAGCUGGCCGCCUCGUCCUCCUCCUCCGCCACGGCCAGGUAAUGAACGUGGUCGGCGUUCGCCCUCGAGAGACUGCAUCCCGUUCAUCUCCACGAACUCUCUGGCGCUCCUACAUGAUGUCAUUCCCCUUUGAUCCCUCGGAGCAGCGUGGUGCCUCGCAUCGGACUGUGGUGACGAGGCGCGUCGCCUCUUCAGAACCGGGACAGAGGGAGGCAGGUGGAGGUGUCCUCUCCUCUCACAGGGUGGGCUGCCAUACGUAGGGGUUAGAUAAAGGGCUCUGGUACUCGCAUUACAGUGGACCCGGGCUACCGCAAACCAGAGUAUCCUAGCAACAAGGGCAGUGACGUCGCACUCCCAUCAGAACUGUUGUUUUAUAACAUUGAAUCUGUUUUAUUUCGGACCCAGGAUCUGUUUUAUUUUAUUCAGGGCUGGAGCGUCGACGUUUUUGCUGUGCCGUGGCUUUCUCUCUCGCUGUAGCAUGGCUGCAGGGAGGCGGAGGUAGCAUGAAUCUCCUGCCGUCAGGCGGCAGGUCGACAGGAGAGGCAGGGGGUCGGGAUAUAGAGGUGUUUUUUUUCAUGCAGGAGCAAAAGAAAACCCUUGACAGCUAUAUAAGUCUAAUUUCCUGCUACUCCAAUCAAUCACUUGAUUUCCAGGUUCCAGUUGGCAAUCAUCUUUUUUGAGUGUUUUUUUUUGUUCAGAUAGGAAACAGAGUGAGACAGCUGCACAUAGGAAAGGAAGGGAAUUAUUGGACGGUGGCGGUCCCUUGAUGCAGAUGUGCCUAUACCAAAGAGGCUAUAUGUAAUAUUAAGAACCUGAGCAGUACAGAGUGACAGCACCUUUCCCUCCAGUCGGUCCCCAGCUGUCCAAAGCAAUGUGUACACAAUCCUAUAAAAGAUGACAGGCUGAUUCUUUUCUACAACCAUCCAGAUGUCUCAUCAUGCUUUGUUGACCUCCAGUGUAAUAAACAAGUGAUGGAUGCUUCUCGACUUAAUGAAAGAGGGGAAUGAAGUGAUUCUUAAGGGCAGCCUCCAGUGUGGAGUUUUCCUUUAAAUGUGUGUAAUUGAUAAAUGAAUCCCGCUGGUGUUGAGCCUAAACAGGAUCCCAAAUUACUUACCUUUUUGCUCCAGAAAAACCGCUUCUGACUUGCACUUUUGAAAAUGUUGCCGCCCAGAAACCUGUGUUUUAAUAUCUAAACGCUCAGCACCACUUGGUUGAUUUUUACACUCGGCGGACCAACGAAUUAAAUCACGUAGCUAUACAUGCUUGAUUGGGAGGUCUUAUCUCACGUAAAUAAAACCCCCUCCGUGUGUUUUAGUAUUUGUUUUAGAUGUCGUGAAUCAGGCGGAGUUCUAUGCAGCUCGGUCGACAAAUAAUCAAAGUAAAUAUGAGCCGUGUCGUCGGGGGGAAACUGGACAGCACAGCGCUUUGUUUUUUUGACCCAGGGAGGAAAAGCAAUAAGGAGAAGUUUGGCUAAUGGAAUCCUGGUUUUAAACCCCUACUCUCCUUUUGUCGUCCGAUAUAUUUCCUCUGAAUGGAGGAGCUGGAGGGAUUUGUACGUGCGUGACUAACUGUCCACUUUUGUACUGUAAUUUCUUUGUUUUCUCUGAGUAUUAUAUCAGCCUGGUCUGAUUUUUCCUGUGCCUUUCAUUCAAAAGUUGUAUUGACAACUUUUAGUGGGUUUAAAUAUUAAAAUAAAUGAAGAUAUAUAUAUAUAUAUAUAUACACUUA